CUGGCAGCCUGUGCUCUGUGAGCAAGCGAGCGCUGAGAGAGCUGAGCGACAGGGGGAGACUCUCAUCUAUAAAAGGGGAGUAAGGCUCCAGAACUGCCAGAGGGAGAUUUGGUAGCCCUUACCGCUUCCUCUGUGGCACUUCUCUGAGCUAGAGUUAGGGUGCCUUCUGAAUAUUGGAUCGGCCACCCUACCACCUGAUCAGCCAGAAGCCUGCCAGGGACAAAACAGUAAGCAGGUCAUUCAUCCCCAGGCUUUGAGAUCUGCGUGGGGGGAGCUCUUGAAGCAGCCCCAGCAGGCAGACGGGUGAGACAGAAUGGCGUGGUCCAGGCUGAUGCUGGCAGCUUGCCUCCUUGUGAUACCCUCUAAUGUUGCUGCGGACUGCCUGUCCCUGUGCUCCCUGUGUGCAGUGAGGACUCAGGAUGGGCCCCAUCCCAUCAACCCUCUGAUUUGCUCCCUGGAGUGCCAGGACCUGGUGCCGCCUUCAGAGGGGUGGGAGACAUGCCGGGGCUUCUUGUCUUUUCUCACCCUGUCUGCCUCUGGGCUCCGUGUUAAGGAUGACUUGGAGAAUGAGGUUGCUUUGGAAGAAGGCUACACUGCACUGACCAAGCUCUUGGAGCCCCUCCUGAAGGAGCUGGAGAGAAGCCGACUUCUUACCAGUGUCCCGGAGGAAAAGUUCAGGGCUCUCUCCGGUAGGUUUGGCAAUGGAAAAGAAUCUGAGCUGAUGGGUGCUGACCUGAUGAAUGAUGAAGCCGCACAGGCUGGCACGCUCAAUUUCAAUGAGGAGGACUUGAGAAAACAGGCCAAACGCUAUGGCGGCUUUUUGCGAAAAUACCCCAAGAGGAGCUCCGAGAUGGCUGGGGAAGAGGGUGGGGGCCAGGAUGGGGAUCAAGUAGGGCAUGAAGACCUAUACAAACGGUAUGGGGGCUUCCUGAGGCGCAUUCGCCCCAAGCUGAAGUGGGACAACCAGAAGCGCUAUGGUGGUUUCCUGCGGCGUCAGUUCAAGGUGGUGACUCGGUCCCAGGAGAACCCCAGUACCUAUUCUGAAGAUUUAGAUGUUUGAUGCAUAACACUUCCCCUCCACGGAGUUGGUCUGCCCCCACCCCUCCUGUACUAAAGCUUCAUCCUCUUGUGCUUGUCCCAACGCUCGCUCCGUUGAGCACUCCUACGAAAACACCUAAGCCCACCCCCACCCCACUCCCCGUCCUGUUCAGCCUAGGAGUGCAGUGCUCAUUUGCAGGCAGAGUCAGGGAAGAGUGGAGGUCCCCUGCCAAUAGGUCCAGUGUCCGGCUCAAACCCCUAGACCUCUAAACUACCACUACUAGUGGCAGCUUUUUCGAUAUCAGCCCAACCGCUCUGUCCCUGUGACCCCUCUGCACCCCAGAAUCCAGAGAAACCUGUUCUUUGUACCUAUAGGUCUGUGGUCUCUAAACUUCACUGAUCCAGUGCUCCUCUUGGAAGAAAAAUGAGCACUCCCUGAUAGUAUUGCAUGUGGACCGUGAGACACACAGUGUAGAAACAUAAAACCAGAUAUAUGCUGAUGAAGAUCUUAACUGUAUUCUCAGCCACAGAGGCUCUUAUGCACUCUACUCUGGAGGCCACAGGCUAAAUGAAAAGCCUUUUCACGGACAGGGAUUAUAACCCUAGGGAGGCCAGGCUUCUAGCAUGCUAAUGGUCUGUGCAUCCAGAGCCCUCAUGGUUUCAAAUGUGUCCUGGAAAAGCCCAGCUCCUAGACCCUGGUUAGGGCCGUGCCUUUCCCAAGAGUGAAAUCCCCUUGCUCAUGAUGAAAACCCGUCCUUCUGAAGGCUGAAUGAUAAGGGGGGGAGCAAAGCAAACUAAUUUGUUCUGUACAACACAUUCAGAAUUUGGGCCAGUUCCCACAGCCCUCAUUAAAAGUGAUCAGUAUCACACUUCUAGCCCAUGAGGAACCGAAUUGGAUCAGCGCUGCUGCGGCUGGGCACAGCUGUGUUCUUCAGUAGUCAGUUGGCUGCGGGAGCCGGAGCCAUUUGACUGAGCCAUUUGGCCCAGCAUAUGCACUGGUACUGGGUAGUGGGAUCCAGAAGCAGCAGCUGAAGGAGAGCCUGUCCCACCUCAACACAACAGUGAGCCUCAUUCUCUAUGUCUCCAAAUAAAAGCAGAGAAGGAAGAGAACAAUUGGGUGUUCAGGGUCAAGUGGACUCGAUGGAUUCAAAUAACCCAGGAUCAGAGGCAAGGUCCUCCUCGGUUUCCUCUCCCCACCUCCAGGCAGAUAGUUAGACUGACAGGUUAAGGAGAUGGGGCUGGACAGGAGAGGAAACAGACUGGAUUUGCACAUUUGCAUAAGAUAUCUUGAGCGUCCCUCUCCACACACAGGCCACAGCCUGUAGAGCUCUUUGUGUAUUCCGAAAUGUGUAGAUUGUUUUAUGGCGACUUGUGUGCUGCUUUAAAAAAAAAAUCACAUUUAUCCAACGUGGAACAUGUGAGUCCUUAAUAGAUUUGUGUAGUUUCCUGCUUCUCUGGUAUAAUAAAUAAAGUUAUGCGAUGGGUUGCUGUGUU